AUGUCAGCUACGUCGACGGAAUUGCCCCACAGUUCUCCAACGUCUCCCUUUGGCGGAUAUAAACCUCCAACAAACACUCGAGUGGCCAGAUACCAAAUAGCCAUCUCGUUACUUCUUGGGCUGUUUGCUAUUGUGUGUUUCUCCAUACUCAGAAAGACAUAUCCCAAACUAUACAACAAUCAGAACCAGAGCGUCUCAAUUGGGAACCAGAAGAGCAUAUUAGGAUGGAUCACCAGCGUGCUUCGAAUACGUGAUGACCAGGUGUUGCAACACUCGGGUCUCGACUCAUAUGUCUUUCUACGGUUUUUCAAGAUGGCAAUCUACAUGCUACUCACGUGUUUGAUGUUUGCCGUAACCAUUAUCUCGCCCUUAAGAUAUAAACUAACCGGUAGAUUCGAUGGAGACGGUGGCGAUGAUGAUAACAACAAUAAUGAUUCUAAUUUCGAUGAUCCCUUGAUCUUGGCCUUGUACACUGGAUUCACAUACAUAUUCACAUUUGUGAUUCUUAAAUGGUUGAUGAAUUUCACCCAAGAUAUAAUACGAGUGCGUCAAGAUUAUUUGGGAAACCAAAACUCUAUCACUGAUAGAACCGUAAAGCUAACGGGGAUCCCUCCUGUUCUUCGAGACGAGAUCAAUCUUAAACGGAAUAUCGAUAAUUUGAACAUUGGUGAACUUGAAAGUGUGGUGAUCGUUAGAGAAUGGAACGACCUCAACAACUUGUACAGAUUAAGAGAGAAAAUAAAAAAGAAGUUAGAAUCUUAUUGGGUCAUGUAUUUUGAUAAAAAUGAUCUAGAUAUUCAAGAUUUGCUUCAACGAAAUAUCUCGACCGAAUCAACAAUGAUGUCGACUGAUGAAUUGAUCCGUUUGGAAGAUUCAAGUCAUGUUUGGGACGAUCCAAAUUCCGAUACGGCUUCCACCACAGCGUCGUUGGCCACAGUGGCAGAAGCAACAGCAGCGGAACUGAGCCCAAACGAUGGUGGCCAUCAAUAUCGUCCUAAAAUACAUAAAGGACUAUUCGGUUUAUUUGGACCCCCAGUUGAUGCUAUAAACUAUUAUUCAGAUCAAUUGAGUGUGGUGGACAAAGAAAUCUUAAAAGCCAGAACCAGAACGUACAAUCCAACUUCAACUGCUUUCAUAACUAUGGCAACAGUGGCACAAGCUCAGAUGCUUGGACAAACGGUUCUCGAUCCCAAAGUAGACCAUUUGAUAACUACUUUGGCCCCAGCACCUCAUGAUAUCAUUUGGGAGAAUUUAUGUCUCACCAGAAAGGAACGGAGAUACCGGUCAAUUGCCGUAACUGCCUUCAUUGGAUUUAUCAGUGUAGUCAUGAUUUAUCCGGUCAGAUACAUUGCUAGCAUGUUAAAUUUGAAGACCAUUUCCAAGUUAUGGCCUCAAUUAGGUCAUUUCCUUAAAUCACAUAAAUGGGCUGCCAAUGUCGUGGUCGGGCUUUUACCAACUUAUUUGUUCACUCUUUUAAACAUCAUAGUACCCUUCUUUUACGUUUGGAUAUCGUCAAAACAAGGGUUUACUUCACAUGGAGGUGAAGAAUUGGCUUCUGUUUCCAAGAACUUCUUUUAUAUCUUUGUCAACUUAUUCUUGGUGUUUACGGUUUUCGGUACAUUGGAAGAUACCACCACCACGAAAAUUGCCUAUGAUUUGGCUAAGCUGUUAAAGGACUUGUCGUUGUUUUAUGUGGAUUUGAUUGUUUUGCAAGGUCUUGGAAUGUUCCCCUAUAAGUUGUUAUUAUUAGGGAACCUAAUGCAAUUUCAAGUAAGACAAUUAUUCUAUUGCAAAACUCCAAGAGAUUAUAUUAAUCUCUAUGAAACUCCAGUGUUCAAUUUUGGGUUACAACUACCACAACCAAUCUUGAUUUUGAUUAUAACCAUCACCUAUUCCAUCAUGUCUACACGGAUCCUAACAGCAGGACUCCUUUACUUCAUCAUGGGGUAUCUUGUGUACAAGUAUCAGCUCAUGUAUGCGUGUGUUCAUCCUCCUCAUUCCACGGGGAAAGUAUGGUCUAUAAUCUUUAGAAGAAUCAUUUUAGGGUUAUGCAUUUUCCAAUUGACUAUGGUUGGAGUGUUGGUACUUCUUUCUGCAUACAAAACUGCUUGUUUCAUAGCACCGUUGCCAUUGAUAGUAUUCAUGGUUUGGCACAAUUAUGAGCAGAAAUACAUCCCUUUGGUCAGUUACAUUGCACUUAGAUCCAUCAGCAAUGAAGAGGUCAUUGAGCCGCAGAUGAGUGCACCGGUUACAGUUGAUGAACUGCGGGAAAGAAACACUACCUAUCAAUACCCCUGUUUGGUCGCACCAUUGGAUGGACCUGUUAUUGGGUUUACUGGACCGGACGAAAGCGAGAUCCUUGUGUGGGAUAACGAGACUCAUCAAGUGAGCAUACUCAACAAGUAUCUCGAUUGA